UGGUGCUGCCGGAAAUGGCGGCCACUGACGGUGGUGAUGGCGACGGGCGGCCGCUCUGAGGCGCUGUCCCGGGCCCGCGCCUGACAACCCCUCGCCCGCCCGCAUACACCCACCCACCCGGGGCAGGGGACGCUGCCAGACCCGGCCAUGGAGCACAUCAUCACGCCAAAGGAUUCAAUGGAGAUGGUGAUGGAGACAAGGAUGUUUUUGGACCAGUCUGCUUAUCUAGAAGUGCCACAUGAGGUCUUUCCACAUCCAGAAUGAACUGACUCAUAAGCAGACUGGCAAUUUCACUGGGCCUAAGUAUGCAGGUCCUGGGAGUAAAUGGAGGCAACAGUGCUAGAUUGAUAAAAUGUCACUAAAUGUUUUGACAGCUGGCAAACUUCGUCUUCAACUUUGGCUGGUAGAGUAUGUGAAGUUGCUUGACCGGUUUACUUCCAAGAAACCAACUUUGGGAACACUUUACUUGACUGCAACACAUCUGAUAUUUGUAGAAUCGUCAUCGGAGAUCCGUAAAGAGACAUGGAUUUUGCACCAUCAUAUUUCAACAUUGGAGAAGCUUCCCCUUACUUCAGCAGGGUGCCCGUUGUUGAUUCAUUGCAAGAACUUCAGAGUUGCACACUUUGUUAUUACUCGAGAGCGUGAUUGUCAUGAUGUUUACAGUUCACUUCUCAGGCUCUCACAGCCAGUGGAUUAUGAGGAGCUAUAUGCUAUCUCAUACAACCCUAAGCAGAAGGAAAUGGACAGAGGCAUAGGUUGGAAAAUGAUAAAUAUAAGGGAAGAAUUUCAACGAAUGGGAGUACCUAAUGUGCAUUGGGAACAGACUGAUGUAAAUGAAAAUUAUGAGAUUUGUAACACUUAUUCAUCAAGUCUGUACGUACCAAGAGAAGCCACCAAGCCAACAAUAGUGGGCAGCUCAAAGUUCAGAAGUAAAGGACGAUUUCCUGUUCUUUCUUACUUUUUCAAGGCUAACAAUGCUGCCAUCUGUAGGUGUAGUCAGCCGUUAUCAGGAUUCAGCACCAGGUGUGUGGAAGAUGAGCAAAUGCUACAAGCAAUCAAUAGUUCCAAUCCAGACAGCUCUGUCGUAUAUGUGGUGGAUACCAGACCAAAGCUGAAUGCCAUGGCAAAUCGGGCUGCUGGGAAAGGAUAUGAAAAUGAAGAUAAUUACUCCAACAUUAGGUUCCAGUUUGUUGGUAUUGAGAACAUACAUGUGAUGAGGAAUAGCUUGCAAAAGCUUUUAGAAGUAUGUGAGCUGAAAACGCCUUCAAUGAGUGACUUUCUCACGGGCUUGGAAAACUCUGGCUGGCUGCGGCAUAUUAAAGCUGUCAUGGAUGCUGGUUUCUUUAUAUCGAAGGCAGUGGCUGAAGAAAAUGCCAGUGUGUUGGUUCAUUGUUCUGAUGGGUGGGAUCGAACGGUUCAAGUUUGCUCGUUGGCUGGCCUUCUCUUAGACUCUUACUAUCGGACUAUAAAGGGAUUUAUGGUUCUUAUAGAAAAAGAAUGGAUCUCUAUGGGACACAAAUUUUCUCAAAGAUGUGGCCAUCGAGAUAGUGACCCUAAGGAGGUUUCACCUGUGUUUACUCAAUUUAUUGAAUGUAUCUGGCAUCUGAUGGAACAGUUUCCGUGCUCUUUUGAGUUUAACGAGACGUAUCUGCUGGAGAUCCAUGACCACAUCUACUCCUGUCAGUUUGGUAACUUCAUUGGAAACUCCCAGAAAGAACGUCAAGAGUUAAAAAUCCAAGAAAGGACUCAUUCCUUGUGGCCAUUCCUGCUGGAGAAGCAGUACCAGUAUCGGAAUCCCCUGUAUAAGCCCAGCGCAAUUAAUACUGUAUUGAAACCUAAUACUGCCCCUUUUAACUUCAGGUUCUGGUGUGGAAUGUAUAAUCGUUUUGAUAGAGGAAUGCAACCAAAGCAAUCGGUUCUAGAAUCUCUGCAAGCUGCAAUGAAACAGAAAACAGAACUGGAAGAAACUGUGGAAGAUCUGAAUCAGCAGAAACCUCUCCAUCCACAUGAAUCCCAUUUCACUCUUAACUUGCCAUCAAAGCUUUCCAAUGAGGAACACUCUCCCCAGACUCAGGACAGUACAGAAGAACACAAAAAUCCACUGGCAAAUGGCAUGGAAGAGUUGGUAGAAACUAUUUCUGAUGGGACUGAAGAAAGGGAAAACGUAUUGGAUUCUUCAUUAAUGCACCAGUCAGCUUCAAAUCACAGUGACUCCCUUACCCUAAACAAAUUGAACGCACAAGGAGAUGAAGAACACCUUGAAAUAUGUCCAACUAAGGAUGAAAAAUAGUUCAUCAUUUUAAAACAAAUCGUAUGUGUUGGUUCCCAAACAUAUUUGUUCUCGAUAUUUUUAUAUCAUCUGCUGAAGUGUCAAAAAGGGAAAAAAUGCCAAGAAAUAGCUGUGUAAUGGAGGGAAGAUAUUUCAGGAUUGGAAAGGGAAUCUCACUGCUUAAAUCGCAUGACUUACUUCAGAGAGACAAUUUUAUAAAAAUCACAUUCUUGGUGUGAAUAUUUAUCCAUUAGGAAGCCCUGGUGGAUAUUUAGGUGAAUGUCCAUAAUGGAUGGAAAAUUCUGGUUAUUCUGGUCCCGAGUAGUGAGGCUCCUGAAUUUCUGAUGUGUUUGUAGAGAUGAGGUUCAGAUGUUAUAAUCUGUCCAGUUAUUGCAAGUUUGUCUUAUUGCAUUUCUCAACUUUUGAAAGUCCAAUCUUAGCAAGUAGCUUCUUUGCAGUAAACUUGAGGAAAUCAACAUUUGGUACAAGGCCUUUUUGAAAACCAAACUGACGGCUUUGUAUAUAAUGAGUAUAUUCUAUAUGUUUUCUAUAAUUAAAAAUUAUUACGUGUUAGAUUUAAUGUUUAAUCAGAUUAUGAUUGUAUUUCCCUCUUUAAUUAAUUCAUUUUAUUUCCCCUCAGCUGCCUUUCAGUUACAUAUUUUUUGCUAUGGCUUUAUACCUGCCUGAUAUUUUGGCUAAUUGGUUAUUCUUUGCGUGCCAAAUUAUCCCCCAGUUAUAAACGAAUCUUACUACGUUCUCAACACUUGCAUUCCCCGUCUAUAGUUGGUGCAGAGCAUUUUGAGGUAAGACCUCAAUCAGCUGAAUUGCUGUUAUUAAAUGCUAUGCAUUAACUCUGGAUAGGACGGACCUCAGCGAAGGCCAGCUGCUGUCUCACUUAUGAUCAAGUAAGUCACCACAAGAAAGGAAAUACAUCUGUGGUUUUAUGGUUUUCAAUUUUAAUGUGGAAAGACCUUAGUCGGUUGGGUCAGUGGAUGAGGUUGUGUAACUCAGUUAUUUUUGCCGAAUGCCUUGUAAGUUGGUUGUACUAUCAAUCUGUGAAUUAUGAACAUUAUCAAACGUUUUUGGUGUUCUUUCAAUGUUAUUGUGAGGUUAUCACUUGACAUUCACUGUUCAAAAGUAGCUCUGGUGCUAUAAUUACUGCCAAAUUAAUCUUGAUUUCUUGCUUUAUUGGGCAUUAGAAAUAGCACACGUUUUCAAGCGGUUCAAAACAGUAUGUUUUUCUAAUCAUUAAAGAGUUGUCAUAUGUAUUUGUAACAUGUUUGGUUUAUUGUUUUCUAUCAUUUCUUUUCUGACGGUGGACGCCAGGUUAGUCAAAUUUCAUUUAUUAUUUUUGCUAUGCCUCCAGAUUCAGUUAUCUAAUCUCAUCUGGAAAGCCCCAGUACCCUUCUCGAUGCUGACCUUAAAUGCAUGCCCCAGUGAGUCAUUCAGAUAGGCUUUCUCCUUUGCGGUUCCUUUAGGAGAAAUGGUUCAAGGACUGAGGAUGUGCAGAAUCUUUUGGCAGAAGUGCAGUGUCCAUGUCCACUGGUGUUGUGUGUUGUUUGUGACAAAGUCCCGUCAACAGCAGAUGAGUACAUUUUAAUUUAAUUGUAAGUUGUUAAGCUUCAGCUUCCCUUCAAGACUAUUUGUCAUAGUUUUGUUUUAAAUGCAGAAAGUGUACAGGAUUUUUGUGACUAAAAUGGACCAUAUAUUGUCUUAAGUAUUGUUCGUGUGCCGUGUGGACAUUUGGUUCACAUUUUAACAGUGAGACCAAGAGUGCUUGCUUAAAUAUGAGCCGUUGCAAUUAAAAUUACACUGAUUCAUAUUUGUGAAUGUAUUAAUUUGCUAACUAGGUCCUGCUCUCCUUGCCUUCUCUGUCUACUCACUUGGAGCUGCAAAGUGCUGCAAAUGAGAUGCAUUUGGACCACUUUAUGUUUUGCUUCGAAGUCAGUACAUGUUCUGUUGAAUAUAAUUGGAUUAGAGAUGGUAUUUUUCAAAAACAUUUAACGUGAAAUCCAAUUAGUUUGCUUAUGAACCAUAGCACAACCAAGGCUGGAUAUGAUAGCUUUGUGGUUAAGUCGCUGGUGGCCUGGAACAUUGAGCUGGUUGGGUGACUGAAAUUCACAAUUACAGCGAGUGAACAUAAUUCAAAUAUUAAAUAAAACGUAGAAUGAAAAAAUGUUAUCAGUAAAUGGGCUCCAUGAAAUCACCUUUAUGUCCUUAAGGGAAGAAAAUCUAGCAUCCUUCAGCAGACUGGGCCACAGGUGACAAAACACUCUUAAAUGCCCUUGGAAAGGAUUUUCCAAACCACUCUGUUCAGGGACAGUUACUGCUAGCAACGAGUACUGCCCUAGUCCGCAACACUAAUAUACUGUGAUGAAUAAAUAAAAUUGUGAGGAAGUAACAUAUUUAUUUAGCUAAAUUCUUUCAAUACCCAGGAUAACUGUUUUAAUGUAACUUAUUGCAUAUUUGGUAAAUAUGCAAAAAUUGUUUGAAACCAGCAAUUUGUGGAAUGGAUGGUUUAAAACGUUAGUCUUUCAAUUUAAAACUUUUGAAUUGGGGAUAUAAUUUAAUUGUAUGCCACCCUUUACUUUAUGAACCACUUUUGUCAUGCUAUGUUUUUGUUGUUGGUUGGUGUCCCAGUAGCAUGUCUAAAGAAAGUUGUGAAAGAUUAGGAGAUCUUUUUAUAAAAUAGCUCCAGUUUUCUUUGCUCAUUUCUUUAAACUACUAACCAGUGUUCUCCUCCGUAUGAGUGCAAACAUCUGCUAUGCCGAUGGCUUCAACCAAGAUGCAGGAUUCCACAUGAUGUGAGCGAUCUAAUCAACUGCUGGUGGGAGGAAGCCAAAUUCUGUUGACAUUCCACAAAGACAUUUCCUCCCUCAGGGUGCCAAUGGAUUUAAUAGCACUUUGCAACCAUGCUAGAUUAAAUGAGAUAAUGCAGAACAGACUUGGCAUCAGCCCAAGAUCUUGUGCUUUUAAUGGUUCAGUUAACCAUCCGUCAUGUAUAUAUUUUUCGUCGUAAGCAUUUAAUGGUCUGCCAUGUUUGAAUUUUACAGACUCUUGGACGGCAUUUUAAAACGUAGCGUAAGAUGCCAUUUAAGCAAAAAGAAAGUGACCCCCAAAGAGAUUUUGUAGAAAAUGACUCGUGAGAUUUUUCUUUUAUUAGCAGUAGUCUUUGCCUCAGAAAUGACCACUAACAGUCCACCUCUGCCUUUGGACCAAUUUAAAACUGUUCAUUUCUAUUUGUGAUAUAAUUUAAUUGUAGACCGCCAUUUACUUUAUGCUGCCUGCAUUGUGCCAUGUAUGUCACGUGCCACAGCAGAACUGAUCAAGAUUGUGACUUGAACUCAGACACUGGUUUGCAAUGUUUUAUUUCAGAUUUCCAAUACCUGUAUUUUUUUCUUUGGUGAUUUUUACAUAGUGUUUAAACCAUGAAACUUUGCUGUUGCUGCUCAAACUGUAUUCAAUUAUUAACUAAACAAGCAAAAGUGGCCUCUUGGUUUGUACAGCACUUUGCAAUUGUCUUAUCGAAUUAUCAAGAUGUUUAAUGACAGGCUCAAAAAUGUAUUUUUCUAUUAGUGCACUUGACCGGUUGUAUUUAAUUUAUCUCUAACACAAAACUGAAAUGUUAUCACUUUGAUCUGUUUCUCUGGCCAGUAAUGUUUUGGAACUGUUUGUUCAGCCAUGUUAAAAUGUUCCCAUCUGUAUCGUCCCAGCUUCAGCCUUCUACAAAAAGGACUGUGUCAUUCCUUUACAUUAUUAAACUUGAUAUUGUAAUUUUGAACGUUUUUCCUUCCAAAUAAAUGGACAAAUUUCCCUGUAAACACU